CCCGGCAUGGCGGAGGAGCGGCGGUUCCGCUCGGCCUCCGGGGCGCCGAUCGCGCUGCGGCGCCGCCAGCACAGCGCGUCCUGCCGGGAGCUGGCUGUGCGCGGCCCCCGCCUGCAGCUGCGCUCGCUCAGCGCCGCCACCUCCGCCGUCUGGCUGGCGGCCUACGGGCUCUUCGCUCUCAGCGAGAACAGCAUGGUGCUCUCUGCAGCCAUCUUCAUCACGCUGAUUGGCCUGAUCAUAUACCUGCACUUUGUGAAGAUUGACCAGGAAUCCCUGCUGGUCAUCGGCUCACUUGGCAUUCAGGUGACUUCAUCCUAUGCCUCAGGGAAAGAGAGCACUACCUUCAUUGAGAUGGGUCAAGUGAAGGAUGUGGUUAUCAAUGAAGCCAUCCAUAUGCAAAAAGUUAUCUACUACCUGUGUAUCCUCCUCCAGGACCCUGAAGAUCCUCAGGGAGUAUCUGAGGUUGUGCCACUCUUUCAGAGCUCCCAGCCACGACUGGACUGCUUGAUAGAAGUGUACAAAAGUUGUCAAGAGAUCCUGGAGCAGAGGAAGACAGCUCCACAAUCAAGUGAAAUAAAAUAGCUGAAAAAAGCAGCAGAUUUUCAGCAGGACUCAGAGGGAGACAUGGAAAAGCAAACAAAACUGCCCCAUGAGCAGAACUUUUCAGGCUCAGCCAGAAGGCUCUUGCCUCUUGCCUUUCCAGAAAAGAAUUAUGGGGAAAUAGGGAAAAGGGAGAUAAAAAAAUGCAUCAAUUUUUUACUCUUUCUUGCACCUAAAAAUUAUGCUAAAAUUAAAAAAUAACCUUGGCUGGACUGCCAUAAGUAUGCAUUCUUUGUUUUUUAUUUAACCCUUUGUUUGAAGAACACUCUAAAUACCUAGAUACCAUCUAAAGCUGAUGUGUGGGCUCAGAGAGUACCUUCCUGAUCACAGAAGAAUUUCAUAAGGACAAAACCAGAAAAUUUAACUCUUGCAUUCAGUUAUGUUUAAUGAAAUAAACAUAAGAGAUCUGAAGACUGACCUCUUCAGGGAGCUGCUUGAAAGAGUCCCAUGGGAUGGGGCCCUAGAGGGAAGAAGGAUCUGAGAAAGCUGAUAGUCAAGGAUCAUUUCUUCUGAAAUCAAGAACAGUCCAUCCCAAUGAGCAGGAAGUCAAGCAGAAAUGCCAGGAAGCCUGCAUGGAUGAGCAAGCUGCUCCUAGCAACACUUGAACACAAAAUGGAAGUAGACAGAAGGUGGAAUUAGGGACAGGUAAUUUGGGAGGAAUGUAGCAACACUGUUCGAGAUGAAGCUAGAGAAGCUAAAGCCCAGCUGCAGAUGAAUCAGUUAAAGGAUGUCAAAGGCAACAAGAAUGGUUUCAGUAAGUGCUUAACUAUCAAAAGGAACACAGGAAAAAUGUGAACCCACUGCUGAAUGGGGCAGGGCUUGUUGACACAGGACAUGGAAAAGUUGUGGCAUUUAAAGGGCCACAUCUGUUACUCUGAGAAUAUGAGGCACAUGUAUUGUUGAAAAUGAUGGUAAUGUGAAUAAAAGUUUUAUUGGUC